AGUGUAAACCUUUGAUAUUUAACACUAAGAUUAUUUAAUCUAACAGAAAUACUAGUUUUAAAUGUUUAAGGUCUACGUCAUUGAGGCACAGAGAUAUAGGUAUUAGAAAAUAAAAGUUCGUGGCAAAGGCUCAAGGUAAGGCUAAAAGGUAAGAGCUUUUUUUAAAAAACUGUUAUGUUUUUCUAUGCUUUAAAAAAAUGUUCCACAGCUAAUAUAGCAUAUUGUAAUAAAGAGCAAUAUCCUGUAUAUGUAUAUAAUGUAUAUACUUCUGUGUAUAAAAUAAAUAUACAGGUGUUUCCAUAGUUUGACAUUGAUCCCCCGCCACUACACAUAUUCAAGUAAAUAUUAAUUUUAUGAAACGGAUCACGUGACACAUAAUAAAAUGGUGGAGUUUAAAUCUCAUCUUAUAUUCAAGAUGGUGCUGGUUUCCAUAUUCUUACAGGACAAACUGACUUCCGGUGACAUCACUUGCUUACUUCCGGUGGAUGCAGGCCCAUGUACAAAGUUUACAUACAGAUACUACUACGAUUACACAUCAGGGCUCUGUAAAAGUUUUGCAUAUGGUGGUUGCGAAGGAAACAGUAACAACUUUUUUGAGUACAGAAACUGUUCUACAGCCUGUAAAUCAAUCAAUAAAUCAAAUCCCAGAAACGGAUCUUCACAGUUAGAUAACUUAUUGAUUCGCGGCGUAAUUUUGGACCUGGACGAUAUGAAUCAAAAUACAGAUAUCUUAGAUUUUCAAUCUGGUUUCAAUAAUUCUGGAAACUGGAGCUCUGAGUUCCUUGAAAUAAUAUCGGAGCCUGGUUCUAGAGAAAAUAUGGCGGCUGCACCACUCAGCGGAGAGCACCACGCGACUCUUUACAAAGAAUUCUUGGCGGCACCGCGCUCACAGGCGGAAAUAGAUUUCUCGGUAUUCACUCAGAGAAUUUCUGGAAAUAAAUCAUUCCCGAGAAACACAUCUUUCACGAUCAGGUUGGAGGAUGCUUUGACCGGCCUGGGAGCUGAUGUGGUUAGUUUAGAUGACCUGGAGGUUGUAGAGGAGAAAUGGAAAAGGUUUAGAUUCUCAGUUCUUGUCAGUAAAACGGAGAGACGCUUUAUUCUGAAGUUUAACAUAACUGGAGAAAGAGGAAUUGGAGUUGGAGAUGGGGGAAUUGACGAGAGAGAUGGAGGCGUUGCAGGAGAUGGAGGAGAUGGAGGUGUUGGUGGAGAUGGAGGUGUUGGAGGAGAGAAUGGGGCAAACAAUGAAAGCAGUAUAUAUUUGGAUGAUAUUAAGGUUCGAUUAAUACAGUUGGUUAAUCAGGAUAAUUCAACAACAGAUUCAUUCCUCUUCCAGGAUAAAACAACAACAACAACAACAUCAUUAUACACAUCAUCAACUGUAUCAGGAAUGUCCUCCCUGAAAACAACAGCAACAACGUCUAAUUUAACAACAACAACAACAGCAGGAUACAAUACAACAUCUUUCUUUAGUACAUCCACAUCUUAUUCCUCAACACUUUCAUCUUCUCCUCAAUCUUCUCCAUCAUCAUCAUCAUUAUCAUCAUCCUCAUCAUCGUCAUCAUCAUCAUUAUCAUCAUCUUCAACAUCUCAAAAUCCAUUAUUAACUUCCCCUGGUUUAAGUACAACCAACAGUACUGGUUCAACCAACAGUACUGGUUCAACCAACGGAGUUGGUAAUUCUACAAUUAACACUUCUGACAGUUAUACAACAGCUUUCAACAGCUCCACAACAGCUUUUCCUGAGGAAACAACAGCUUUCAACAGUUCAACAACAGGUUUUAACGGCUCAACAACUCUGGAACCAACAACACCUAGCAACGGAACGUCAGGUGUAGUUGAGAAUCUAAUAGCUGAGGAAGGAGGAAGAUCUGCAACAAGUAGAGCAGAAUUAGGUGUUUUAAUCUUUCUCGUGGUGGGGUUUGCACUCUCAACCGUGUUUGUAGUCUUCAAGUAUUAUCAUCUUAGAAGGACAAUGGGAGACUACAGUGUAGCAGCAAAUAGGUAUCAUUUAUCCACUUAGGCUAUUGAUAGAAAUAA